GCCACCUAACGAUGAAGCUCGCUGAGCUGACACGUGCAAGGUUAAUUCGGUUCAAGUCACGGCGCGGGUAGUUUGACUGUCGAAAUUCUGACUUCCGUUUGCGACUUUCGAGCACAAGUUACAGAGUAAUCCAGCUGCCAUAAUUGAUUUGGUAUUACUAAUUAACACACAGAAUGGCCCACAAUUCCAGAUCAAGUAAUGACCGUGCUGGUAAGUCAACCAAGGACACCCCUACCACUGGUGGCUAUGAUGCUGAAUUCCACCCACCGCUGGACACAAAGUACAUCUGCCCGGUGUGUCUGGCUGCACUGCGUGGACCAUUGCAGACAAAGUGUGGACAUCGAUUCUGCAAGAUGUGUAUGCAGAGAAUUAUUGGCAAUCGGCCACAUGCCAAAUGUCCCGUGGAUAAAAGUUGGCUGGAUGUCAAAAAAGAUAUUUUUGAAGAUGUUGCAGUAGAGCGAGAAAUCUUGUCCAUGACGGUUGUGUGCAGCAACGCUGGGAGUGGCUGUGAAUGGCGUGGAGAUCUUAGACAUCUACAGACCCACUGCAACACGUGUCCCUGCACCAAGCUUGUGUGCCCCAAUGGCUGUGAGGAGCAAUACCUGCGAGGAAAGAGCGAAGAACAUUUGAGGGAUUGCCCAUUGCAAGUACUGGACUGCAGUCACUGUGGAGAGACAAUCAUCCGAAAGGAUGCAUCGAGGCAUCAGUUACUUGCAUGUCCCAAAUAUCCAAUCCAGUGUGAGGAGUGUGGACAAGAAGGAAUCGUCAGGGAAGAGAUGUCCAAACACACUGAUGUCAAUGACGGGGAUUGUCCCAGCACUUUGGUCCAGUGUGAUUACCGAGAGUUAGGAUGCCAGUGUCAGGUAAAGCGUUCCGAGUUGUCCAGUCACUACCAAGAGGCCACAAACGACCACAUGCAAAUUCUUCUGACUAAUGUCAUUACCCAGAAGGCCUUGCUGCAAACCCAGAGUGCCUCACUGGAGGAACGCAACCAAAACUGCUCUCAGCUGAUUUCAGCAAUGGAAGAAAUGAAAAAGUGUCUCAAGGAAAAGGAUGAACUCGUGAACCAACAAGUGGAAAGAAUCAGCCACUUAGAGAACACCAACUACAACGGUUGCCUCCACUGGAAAAUCGACCUCAACUCAUACGCGAGAAGCAACAACACCUCCACGCGUAUCCUCAGUCCUGCCUUCUACACCAGCCGGCCCGGCUACAAGCUGAGCGCCUGUCUGGAGCUGGAUGGUCACGUGACCGGCAACACCAGCUACACGUCGCUGUUCAUCGUCCUGCAGCAGGGCGACUUUGAUGACCGUUUGCCCUUUCCUUUCAGCACCAAGUGCAACGUGACUCUUUUUGACCAGAGCGAGCGGAAUGGCCGAAGAAACUCGUCAGACUUUGCCACCACCAUCACCUGCGGUAAUAUGUCGCGGGCCAGAUCGGGGGAGGUUAGGGACCAGUUCAGGGGGCGACUGAAGCUGAUGCAGACUGAUGCCCUCUCCCAGGGAAGGUUUUGCAAGGACGGCGUGCUCUUCAUGCGAAUCGACGUAGACUUGUCCCCAACUCUCCAUUACUAAAACGAUCUGACGUUUCACUCCUCAUCAAAUGAUGGCAAUAUUUGUUUGUGAAAUUGUUUUUGGAAAUGAGUAAAAAUGCAAUGAAAAUAAAAUAAAAUCCUAAACAAUAAGUUUUUGUCAAGUUACUUGUGUAUCUUUCGAAGGGGUGCUCUUUGUUUUAAAUAUUACUGACCCUGAGGGUAAUUUAUACUUCUGUAUUUUUAUAUCGUAACAUUUUAUUUCAUUGUAAGUGUGAGUGUGCUGUUUAAAUUACCAGUCCUUUUAAAAUUGAAUUGAAAUCAUGAAGCGUCUUGAUAU